GCGCCCCCACUUUUUGUUUCUACGGGUGGUGCACAUUUGCACAUGCCUUCAUCCGCACAUAACAAACGUGUUCCAUGUAUGGACGGAAAAGACUAGAGGGAAUAAUGGCUGAGAGCAGUAAAACUAGUUGAAAGCUUAUUUUAGUCACUGAAAUCAGAUUUGCCUUUGAUACACACAGCGAGCUGCCUGCCAGUCCCCUUUUCAGAGAGACAUAACACUUUAACCAAAAGCUUGUGCUGCCUCCUUUUUUCAACACUGUGGUUGCACUUCAAAAAAUAUUCUGUUUGGUUUCUGGUCAGUUUCUCGGCCUCCUCUGCUAGCCCCAUGCUGUUCGGGCUUCCUCACCUCUGAUAUAACAAAUUCUUUAGUAGGCAUGAUCUUUCUUUCUUUCUUAGCAGGAAGCUUGUUCUAGUUAAUGCAUCCCGCUGAGCAUAGAGAACCCAGUCAUAGACGUUUUUACCAGUUAAAUGUUGGCAUACCCCUUAUUGUAUGAGACACAUGGAAAACCAGUCCCUGCCCUGGGAAAGGUACAGUCUGUGAGACAGAGUCAACUAGAUGCAAUGGGAGGCCCAGGCAUGCCUCCUUCAGUGUCUGCCCAGCAGUCCGCGUACCAUCUCUUCAGCCGCCCAGCUGAAAUCAAGGCCUUUCGGAAGAAUUUGCUUGCCUGGUACGACAGAUGCAAGCGCGACCUUCCUUGGAGGAAUCUGGCAGCCAGCGAACCGGAUGCUAACAGAAGAGCAUAUGCAGUGUGGGUGUCGGAGAUCAUGCUGCAGCAGACGCAGGUGGCUACGGUGAUCGACUAUUACAACAGGUGGAUGCAGAAAUGGCCCACGCUGCAGGCCCUCGCCGGAGCUUCCCUGGAGGACGUGAACGAGCUGUGGGCAGGACUUGGCUACUACUCCCGAGGGAAGCGGCUGCAGGAAGCGGCACGGAAGGUGGUUUCCGAGCUGGGAGGUCAGAUGCCCAGGACAGCUGAGGAGCUGCAGAAGCUGCUGCCAGGGGUGGGGAGAUACACGCCUCCAUCUCGCACGGGCAGCUCUCCUGUCUGUCGCCAGGCGACCGGCGUGGUGGAUGGGAACGUGAUCCGAGUCCUGUGCCGGGUCCGAUGCAUUGGCGCCGACUCCAGCAGCCCGGCUGUCACCAACAGACUCUGGGAUUUGGCCAACGCUCUGGUGGAUCCAGCCCGCCCAGGGGAUUUUAACCAAGCCGUGAUGGAGCUGGGAGCCACUGUGUGCUCCCCCAGGGCCCCGCUAUGCACGGAGUGUCCUGUGAAGCCGCACUGCAGGGCGCGUGGCAGGGUGGAGAAGGAGCUGGAAUUUGCCUCCAAGAGGCUGCUGGGAAAAGCUGCCCCCAAAGGCCCCCCGGUGCCUGAUGUAGAGGAGUGUGCCGCAGGCAGCUGGGGGCGGCCUUGCCGCUGGGUGACGCAGGCAGAGUUCCAGAAAUCCGCCGUCUCCACUGCUAUGAAGAAGGUCUGGAAGGCGUGCGAGCGGCAGAGCGGCGAGGGGAGGGGGCCCAGCAAGGGCCGGAAGCGGGGCCCAGAUGCUUUGCACGCCGGCCAGCUGAAGGUGGACGCAGCCAGCAGCCUGCCCCGGAGGCAGCUCUCCCUCCACGCCUUUCUCACGGCCCCUGCUGGGGAAUGAACACGGCCUCCCGCUCUGGCCGCACCCAACGGUGAGGCCCGUCUGGAGGGGAAAGAGGCUCCAACCCUUGUGUUGCUUGGGCUGCAGUGACCGGCACCCGGCUGUCGCCUGGGCUUAGCCCAGGGGAGCCAGAGACCCCCGCACUGUUGUUCCCUGCACGACUUUCAGCCACCCCACCCCCUGGUGCUCCCCCCUGCAAAGGGACCCCUGUGAGUUACUUCCCUUCCCUGGGCCCGGCCCCGCCCCAGCAGCGAGAGGGAGACCCUAGCAGGGAUGUGGGGUGGAGUAAGGAAUCCAGCAGCUGCCCCAGCAGGAGUCCUGC